UAGGUGAAGGGGAUGUGCAACUCUAAGCUAGUUCGCAAGAGUUGUGAUAGGCCACGCAUGGCCCAGCGUCGCCCACCAGCGGCCGCCUGCAGCAUGGUGGUACCCUGCCCUACUCAGGUGCGGCACCAGCGUGCAACUGGCUUCGCCGCUCUCCUCACAACGCGUCUGCCAGCUGGGUAAGGGUGUGGAGAGCGGGCCCGUAAUGGGGCCAUCGGCGGUGCUCUCCUCUCACCAAGCAGACCGGGCCGGUGGCGUGCCCCCCCUCCCAUCUCGGAGCAGAGAGCGGCAGUCCAGGAGUCAGUCGGGGAACGCCGAACGGACAACCCAGCACGGGCCCUCUGCAGGCGUGAUGGUUUCGGCGUGCGUGCAGCGACCGGGACGACGCGUUCGCCGGAUUCUCUGCUGAGCGGGCCACGCUUCUGAUCUGACCUGUCGGCUGGGGCGUCGGUGUUCGCGCGCCUGUGCCUCGUUGAAGGGCGACCUCGGAGGACCUGUUCGUGUCAUCUGCCUGUUCGGUGCGCCCCACGUGAGUUCGUCGCUCCGAAGAGAGGGGUCGGUGUGGCUGCCUGAACCGAGCACGGCGAAGACCUCUGCUCGUGAUCGGAUAAGUUCAACAAGCGCCGGGCUUGUUGAGCCCAGAGGGGGAAAAGGUGUGCUGUGCGCCAAGUUACGAUCGCUUGCUUCUCUGGUCCACUGCGCUUGUGACUGCACUGACCCGGUGCCCAUUUCGGAAUACAAGUGCCUUCGGAAAGUAACGGGUUUCCCCAGCAGGGUGGCGCGGCGACCGCCAUGUCCGAGCUGGAGAAGAUCAAGAAGAGCCUGCUGAAGUGCGCCAACGGCGACGGGCCAGCACUCUUCGAGGACCCGGACUUCCCGGCCAGCCAGAGCUCCGUCUUCUAUCACCAGACUCCACCCUUCAAGUUCAGCUGGCUCAGGCCUAAGGAAAUUUGCUCCAGUCCGCAGUUUGUCUCCGAUGGUCCAUCGCAGUUCGACAUCACUCCUGGCAAGCUGGGCGACCGCUGGUUUGUGUCGUGCCUGGGAGUGCUUGCAACAUGCCGAGGACUGUUCUACCGCGUGGUUCCGGCGGACCAGGGCUUCGGCGAAGCGGACGAGUACGUGGGACUGUUCCGCUUCCGGCUUUGGUGGUGCGGAGACUGGAAGGAAGUGAUCAUCGAUGACCGGCUACCCACCGUCAACGGGAAGCUUGUAUUUGUCCAGUCCGGUCACGGCUCGCUCUUCUGGGCUGCAUUGCUCGAAAAGGCAUACGCAAAGCUGUACGGGUCAUACGAAGCGCUGAAGUACGGCAGCAGCGUGGACGGCUUGGCCGACCUCACGGGCGGCGUGACAGAGACGCUCAACAUACGCGAGGACCCGAGCGGCUGCGCGCGGACGCUGGCCGGCUCGCUGCUCGCUCGCACCACUCUCGUCACGGCGGUCGUACAGCAACAGCACACGCAGUCACGGACGUCACCAGAGAAGAUGGCCAAUGGAAUCUGCCUUGGCACAAACUACAGGAUACUCGCAUUCCAGAAGGUGACCACGGCGGGAGGCGAACAGGUGCAGCUCGUGAAGCUGAGGAAUCCCUUCGGUGUCGGAGCAGACUACAUCGGCAGCUGGUCGUUAGAAUCCCAGGAGUGGGACAAGGUUCCGCCGGAGGAGCAAGAAAGGCUGAACUACAAGAGCCCCGCGGAAGGAGAGUUUUGGAUGUCUUACCAGGACUUCAUGAAGACGUUCACCUCUCUCGAAGUGGCGCACCUGGACAGCGAGACGAGUCGCGACGAGCUCAGCCUACGCGACAAGACGCCCUGGCAGAUGAAGGUCUGGAAGGGCCACUGGCAAAGGGGCGUCACAGCCGGCGGAUGCCGGAAUAACACCGACACCUUCCACAUCAAUCCGCAAUUCCAGCUGAUUCUAUCCGAGUCGGAAGAAGUAGUCAUCUCUUUAAGUCAAGAUGCAGUCAUUGAGCCUAAAGUCAUGGGCUUCACUAUUUACCAGACACCGAAGCCACCGAACGACGCCCUGGACAAAGCCUUCUUCAAGAAGAACAAGUCACUUCUCAGUUCCCAGUACAGUAACUGCAAGCAGGUGUCCGUCAGGUGUGUCCUGGAGCAAGGAGGCUACGUUCUACUCCCGACCACUUUCGAACUGGGCCAAGAAGCCUCUUUCACACUGCGCGUCUUCUCGGGAAAACCGACGAAGCUAAAGCUCAUCGACAGCCAACCGAGCACGGUAAAGCCAGCCAUCAUGAAGGCGCCGCCUUCCUUCGACAGCAAGAUCAGUUCGUACGAGGCCGUUUUCCUGCAAGUUGCGGACGAGCAUUCCUCGGUCAACUGCUUCGAACUGCAGGAGUUGCUCGAAGCCUGCCUCCCGAAUGAUUACGUCAAGAGCUGCGCUACACUAGAAGUUUGCCGGCAAGUCGUCAUGGCGCUGGAUACAACGGGUAUGGGAAGGCUGAGGUACCAGGAGUACAAGAACUUCAUGUGCAGCCUCAAGUACUGGCAGAGCACCUUCAAGAAGCACACACGUGGCACGGCGGGAAUCCUGAGGGCCGAGAAGCUGCGCGACGCCAUAGUGGACGUAGGUUUUCAGCUCAACACGGAGAUUCUCUCUAUGCUGAUGCUGAGGUACAUGAGGAAAGACGGCACGUUGCGGUUCGGAGACUUCGUGUCUUGCAUCCUUCACUUGUCCGUCGCCUUUGCGACGUUCGAGAAAAAAGAUCCUCUUCAAAAUGGUUUCAUCAAGAUGACGCUUGCCGAGUGGCUCAAGACGUCUUUGCAGUGCUGAUCAAGGACUUCCGGACACCCUUGGAUGACACCGCUCAAGGCUGAAGUAAACAUGGAGAAGAAUGGCGUGCGCGACCUACACGACCAGGCUUCGCUUCCAUCUAGCUCGAGAAUCCGGGGCAAAGAACUUUACAAUCCGCCGGGACUGAACUCGACAUGUGAAUCAAAACCUGUGAUUAUUGAGGGCACAGUGCAUGAUAUGCCGCUAUGAAGUCACGUGCCAUUGAAUCAGGGACGCACUCGGAGCUCUAAAUAAUAACAAUUAAGCUUUA